GGCCUACCCCCCCAGGGGCCCAGCCCAAAACCAACCAAUCCAGUGGCGAGAAGACCAAGAAUAUGACCCCCUCCCGUACCCCCAAGAAUGACUCUGCCCGUCCCGAGAACAGCCUCCGCGGCCGCCGCGACAACGUCGGCCCGCCUGCGUCCGAAGACGAGCUCUCGCACUGCCUCCAGCUCGCAGCCGACUUCGCUGCUGACCCCAACGCCCGCACGCCCGCCGCCGUCCGCGCCUACAUCUCUAAAGUAAUGCUCGGCGCGAACGGUCCCAAUGUCUACGAGCACGUCGUGGUCCUCGGCAAGCAGUUCAAGAACAAACGCCCUCAAGAAAUUCGUGAUAUCGUCGAGCGCUGCAACCUCGGUACAAUGUGGACGGACUUACUCAACGAUACCAUGUGGUACAAGCCGACGCCGACGACUGUUUGCAUCGCCACCUACAACCCGGAAGUGAGCGAGAAAAUGGGAGGCAGCUCUCUUGCGCUUUCGCCCAGCGGCGACAUCAACGUCACGGUUCCCCGGUACUCGCCGUGGACGGAAUACCGUAGACCCCGAAACAACUAAGCCUUCAAAUUGGCCAAAAAACAAGGAUAAUUUUU